UCACGAAGACGUUGUUCCCGAAAUCAAAGCCGAUGAAGAAUAAAGCUGAUGAAGGCUUUUCUUCGGAUGAGGAUGGACUGGAGAAGAGUGCGAGGGUCCAGAAGGUCUCGAUUGUCACCAAGAAGACUCCAGAGCACAUCUACAGGACCGAGAAGAUCGACAAAGAUGGGGUGAGAGGGACCUUCAUCACCAUCAUCCCGAAUAACAGCACUGAUGAGAUGCCGGAUUCCGUGAGCAUGGAGGAUCCAAUCCACGACAUGGACAUCCAGCGGAUGGAUCCUGAGAUUCUUCAGGACGAACGAAUAUCAGAACACUUCCUAGCGAGCUUAUUGAUGCAUGCACCACCACCCGAGUCAGACUGGAGCGAGGGAAGUGGAGAAAUCGAGGAGAACGAGAGUAAUUCCGAUAUCGAGAAGUCUGAAGUAACUUAUAUUAAGGAGCCGGAUCAGCGAUUGUACUCUUACGUCGAGGAUAUCGAGUAGAAAGUUAUCUCUUAGAAGUUCUAAUCAUUGUUUCCCUUUUUAAAUAUCUUUUGUAUAUAAUGUA